AUGAGCAUCUGCAAGGAUGCCCAAGUGACAUUCCUGCCUGACUGCAACCGCUCCACCUCCGUCUUUCCCACGGUGGACCCCAUCCACUCCAGCCCCCUGUACAGGUCCCUGACUCACCCUGGCUCCAGGGGCACAGGAAAUUCCCCAGGGCUGAGCCACCGGGAGUCCCCAGGGCUCAGCAACACUCCCUUCCGGCCCUCCUUCGGGGGCUACUGGGCUGAGAAGGCAGGAGACCGGGAGGAGGCUGUGCAGGCCGGAGCCCUGGAGACGCCCCAGAAAACAUUUUGGUUCGGAGAGGCUGGGUCCAGGCUGCUGGCGCCUUUGGGCUCCCGGGACCAGAGGCUCGGGUCCUUCCCCAGAAGAGCCCACCCCUCCCGGGCCCACAGUCCGAGGCAAGGACCAGCCCUCGGGCAAAAGAGCGCGCAGUGGGCGCGGGUGGGCGCCGCCUCGAGGGCUUCCCGGGUUUCAAACUGCGCCUCUUGGGAGUCACGGGGCGCAUUCGCUCCUUUCGUUUCCGGGGUGGGGGCUAAAGGACAGAAAAAUGUCUCCUUGCACGAGCCUCCCGCGCUCCAGCCCUCGGCCUGGAGGGUCGCCCUGGGAGGAGCCCACGCGGCCCCGGGCCCCUCUCUGCCGCGCCGAGUCCUCACCCCGCAGGGGGCUGGGGCGGGUGCCCGGGAGGGCGAGAGCUUCAAAACCACUCCGGGCACUGCCGCUCGGCCCGCUGCGCCCGCAGAGGACGCGGGGAGAACCGACGAACACUCACCGAGCAGCGGCCGCCCGGCUGGAUCCAGAACGCACGGCGCGCGAAGCCACCCAGAUAUAAAUCCAAACCUCCGAGAAGCUGACAAGAAAGAGAUGAAGAAGCCGAUAACUUGGAGGGAGUCCACCACGAGACUGUUAGGUGGGAGAAGCAAGAGGCAGAAACCCGUGUAAAUAAAGGACCCAUUUUGGUAAAACGAAGAGAACCUGUCUCCUGUUUUUAUGUCUGUCUGUAAUCACGUGGGCAUCGAAAGGUGCACACCUGGAAAGUGAGGGGCUGAGGACGCGACAGGGACACUCAAUAAGGAUCGGCUGCGUUUUGAGCAAGAGC